AAUAAGGAGAGUGCAGGGGAUGAUGAUGGUUGAGUAGGUGAGUAGCAGAAGAGUAGAAUGGGUCAAUUCAUGCACCCUCAUCUUAGCUGUAAUGGCUGCCGUCUUUUUAGGAUUUUCUCUGAAUCUGUCCACCCACACCCACACCCACACCCAUCUCUCUAUCUCCCUCUCUCUUUCUACCCCCCUUGUGUGGCCGCUUUCUCUGUCUACACUUUUAUAGAAUCAAACAGAUCAAGAAGCGAUUAGGGGAUAAGGGGAGGGAAUCAUGAACGAGAAGGCCUCCGUCUCUAAGGAGCUUAAUGCCAAGCAUAUCAAGAUUUUAGAGGCUCUUCUUAAGCUGCCAGAGAAUAGGGAAUGUGCAGAUUGCUGGAGCAAGGCUCCACGAUGGGCGAGUGUAAACCUUGGAAUAUUUAUAUGCAUGCAAUGUUCGGGAAUUCAUCGAAGUCUUGGAGUACAUAUAUCGAAGGUAAGGUCUACUACUUUGGAUACAUGGCUACCAGAGCAGGUUGCAUUUAUGCAAUCUGUGGGUAAUGAGAAGUCGAACCAUUAUUGGGAAGCAGAACUGCCACCAAAUUUUGACAGAAGUGGAAUUGAGAAAUUUAUCCGCACCAAGUAUGAGGAGAAGAAAUGGGUUGCAAAGAAUGCAACACAACCAACUCCAAAACCAGGUGAAAUGAGCUCUAAUCUGGACAAGUUUCUCGAAGGUGGAGCCAAAUCUGGGAUUGGGAUUCCAAAGAAAACAAGGAGUCUUUCUCUUGAGGAGGAGGUUCUUACUAAUCACCUUGCACAAGUUCCUCAUCCAGUAACAAGAGCCCGUGGGAGUUCUUUAGAUAUGAAGAACAAGAUGUCCCCACCAAUGGGGUCACCACCGAUAACAGAAUUUGAUACAUCCACAAAAAAGACCAAUGGUGCAACAGAUCUUUUCAGCUUGCUUCAUGUCCAUGAUGAAAACCGAAACCAGGAUUGCUCUACUGUACCUCCACCCUGGGCAACUUUCGAUUGAGAAAAUUCAUUGGAAUAAAUCCCUUGGAAUUAUUAUUGUAUUACCAGUUGGAUUAGAAGUCACUAGUUUACCGAUUGAAGUAGAGAGCAUAUGCUCCUAUCAAAAACGAAGGGAGUGAAGAUAAGGGAGGUGAUUUGUAGUGGCAAUGGGGAUCUUGGUCAAUACAUGAUGUGACAAUCCAUCUAGCUAGCAGCAAUCUGAGUAGUAGUUAUAAGAGUUAUUUCAGUUGCAAUUUAGAAUAGGCCACCCAUAUUUGGGGUUCCUAUAUUAAGUCACCUUUUGUUCUGGUUUUAUGCGUGGACAAAACUUUCUGAACAUUGUACAAACUUCAAUAUUUAUAGCUUUUGGAUUUUGAAGCUUGGUGUGCUUUUGGAAUUCUUUUGUUUUGGUUAUCAAUAGUCUGUAAUUGGUGGGGAUUGUUCUCAUUCUACAAUGGUUCGUUUACCCUUGCAUCAAAAUG